CAAAAGUGAGCAAACUUGCACAGAGAAACAGAAAGGACAGCAAACCUCAGCUGUGAGGCAUUUCAGCACAUCCAGCGAUGGCCUGGGUCAGUAAUUUCUCCUGGUUAAACCACCUUGUUCUACAUGAAGAACGCCUCAGGGGGUACUUAAACAGCACUGAGGAUUAUUUAACCUUCCUGUGCGGGCCCAGACGGAGCCACCUGUUCCUGCCCAUGGCUUUGGUGUACUCGGUGAUCUUCAUCGUGGGGGUGGUGGGCAACUUCUUGGUUUGCCUCGUCAUCCUCAAGCACCGCAACAUGAAGACGCCGACCAACUACUACCUGUUCAGCCUGGCGGUCUCGGACCUGCUGGUGCUGCUUUUCGGGAUGCCCUUGGAAGUGUACGAGAUGUGGAGCAACUACCCCUUCCUGCUGGGGCCCGUGGGCUGCUACCUGAAGACGGCCCUGCUGGAGACCGUGUGCCUGGCCUCCAUCCUGAGCGUGACGGCGCUGAGCGUGGAGCGCUACGUGGCCGUGCUGCACCCGCUGCGCGCCAAGCUGGCCGCCACGCGCCGCCGCGCCCGCGCCACCAUCCUGGGCCUGUGGCUGCUCUCGGUGCUCUGCGCCCUGCCCAACACGGGCACCCACGGCAUCGCCCUGCAGCGCUUCCCCAACGGCACCCUGGUGCCCGGCUCCGCCACCUGCACCGUGGUGGUGCCCCUGUGGAUCUACAACUGCAUCGUGCAGGUCACCUCUCUGCUCUUCUACGUGCUGCCCAUGGGGGUGAUAAGUGUGCUGUACUAUCUGAUGGGGCUAAGAUUGAGAGGAGAUGAAUCUUUGGAAGUGGAGGAAAUGGCUGUGAAUGUUCAGAGGCCAUCCAGGAGAUCAGUCACCAAGAUGCUGUUUGUCCUUGUGAUAGUUUUUGCCAUCUGCUGGGCUCCAUUCCACAUAGACAGACUUUUCUUCAGCUUUGUGGUGGAAUGGACUGAGCCCUUGGCCAAUACCUUCAACUUAAUCCACGUGGUGUCAGGUGUUUUCUUCUACCUGAGCUCUGCCACCAACCCCAUCAUUUACAACCUGCUGUCCCAGCGCUUCAGGAUGGCUUUCCUCAGUGUGAUUGCUCCUUGCUGCAAGCACUGUGCCCCCAAACAUCCACCCUGCAAGAUUUCAUCCCAGAAGAGCACGUUUGUGGUUGAGGAUCACAAUCUCAUGGACUCUGCAGAAAACUCAAGCCUCCCUGGCACUCACAGGACAUCUGUCAGCAGCUCUCAGCUCUCCACUGGCCUGUGACUUCCUGUGCUGUGAUCCAGGGAAAUGCCUCCCGUGUGCCUCCUGACACAGGGCUGGGUUUGUCCCCAGGCUGGGCUCAGGCUGGCACUGCCACAGGGAAUCAUCCCAGGAGUGUCACCAGGGACUGGCAGUCACUUCCACAGCCAGGGAACACAGAGUUAUCACAGCAAAUAACAGCAUCAGCUCCUGAAGGAUGAUACACUGCAUGCAUAAAGACGUUUUCCAGUCUGGUCACAGGGGAUCCAGAUGACAUUUCCUACCAAGGAGGAAGGGAUUGUGCUCCUGAUUACCACUUUGUCUCUUUCCUUGUUUGCCCCAAAGUUUCCUGUUUGAUUCUCACUGUGGGACUCCAAGGUGGGAGACUCAUGGCAGCUGAAGAAGAAUCCCCUUUUCCUCAAGCAUAAGGGGAAUAUUUUCAGACUCUUUAUACAACCUGCAGUUUUGAGAAACAAGCCUUGGAGAGGGGAAGAGCCACACACAAGCCCUGCAGAGAAAAGGCCAUUCCUGCUCCCUCAAGACACAGCUGAAAUGCUUUGCCACCCCCAAGUGGACACUUGCAUUUUACCAGUGACAUUUCUAAGCAGACAUUUUGCUUUAUUUUUCCCUCUGCCAGAGAUUACAGCGUGUUUUCCCUCUGGACACCCCAUGGCAGUGGUGCCUGGCUGCCCAGGUCCCUGUUCUCCUGCCUGUGCAUUGCUCCAAGCUCUGUGAUCCCACCUGGGCAGUGCCUGUGCUGGAUUUCCUCCCUCACCUGUGCCUCCCUUGUGCAGAUCCCUCACAGAGUCUUGGGGAUUUUCUUCCCUGUCCCAGCUGUGUGAAAUCUGCCCUAGACACCAGCCAAAGGGGUGAGGAGUCAGUCACACACCCAGCCAUUCCUCUGCCAGCUUUUGUGGCCCCUUCAAUGCCUUUUAUGCACUUAGGGUGAGACAGCACCUUGUGCUGGUGCAGAGAGAGCCAUCCAUGAGUGAGAGAUCCUCGAGGGAUGCCCUCUCUCCUGUCCUCAUGGGACAAUCCCAACCUUCAGCUGCAGAGCCCAGCGUUGGGAAAUGCAUCCCUUGACUUGCAGAUGAGCACAGAAACCUGCAGAGAAAUACUGUGGGGUGAAGAUUUCCUGUGAUCUUAAGCAAAGUGGCCAUGGUUUUGUCCCAAGGGAAUUCAAAAGGGUCUUGUGAGGAAGGGCAAGCAGAGGUGGGAGGAAAGUGCAUGGAUGGAAUAAUUUUCAAAGAGAAGUAGUGAGAAGCAAAUCAUCAUGAAAUCACCUGAAUUAACUUAUUUUCUUGUCCUAAAAUCAGCUUUUAUCACAUUUGAUUUAUCACAUUUAAUUUGUUGUCAGCCAAAAGCGGUGAUAUGCAAAAGCAAAAACAACUAAGCUUUUUUGGCCAGAUAUCAAAAUCAAAGCUGAAAACAUUUAGUCUUGCACGAAACCAAACCUUCUGUGAAAGUCUUAUUGGGAGGGACAUGUCAAAACUCCUCUGAAUUCUGCUGAAAAAUAAAAUAAAUGCAGUGAAAAAAUGCAGACUAACUGCAGAUUUCAAGUUAAGUUCCCUGUGACUGCACAGCUUGGUACCCCUCACUCCUGAGGGAGGAUCUCUAGAAAAUAUUUAAUUCACUUUUUCCCUCAAUGUAGUCAAUGCCCACUGGAGGCUUUUCUCCCCAAAAGGUCAGUGCUGGAGUUAUUUAUCACUCUGCUCUGAUAUUUACCUCCUGCAUUUUGAAAGCUGGAUCCAAAGAUGAAAAAAACAGGAAGAUGGAUAGAGAUGUC